AUGGCUGCUGUUAAUUUAAACAAUGUCCAGUUUUGGCAGCCCCCUUUGGAGUCAAAUCGCGCAACGAAAUCCAAAGACCAUACACUCCCAGCAACGAAUCGCAGUAGCCAGUCCAACUCUGCUAUGGCGCUGUCUCGAGGCCAUCAGCCCAAAGAUGACAGGAUUAGCAAUCGAGGUAAGAAAGACUUGGAGAACUUUAGAAAGAGCCUGACUAAUGUGCUAUGAAAUCGCAGGCUACACUCAAGACCUUACCAAUUCUGAGAGCGAGGCAGAAGGCGAUUCAAAUGAUGAAUUGCCAUCUGUCAAAGAUAUUUUAUAUCCACCUUCUAGCCAACAGACUUCAGUAAGAACACACACUCAAGGCACUCGAGGUAAGUCAGACCCUAUCAUAGCAGUAAGUAGUCCUAACAAUAUGUAGACAAACCGAUUACACUGGACGAUGAUAAUGACAGGCUCGACCUUGAUUCAGAUACUGCCUCUAAUUCUGGCUCUACCUUGCUUGAAAUUAGAGCUGAUGCUGUCCUCGAGUCGAACAAGCCAGCUGAUCCAGCUAGUCACGAAGCAUGGAAGGAAAUUGAUAAUAAUUGGGUUAAUGAUAAUCAGCCUCCACUCUUUCCGUUAGAGCGAGACGACUUGGCUCUUACAGGACCUCGACCUUGCUCUCUCUCUCCAGCCGGGCUAUCCUACUCCAACUCGCAAGGGAGAUCAGAGGAUCCCACGCCCUGUCUACGGCCUACGGGUGUAGGCGCAGAUGACGGGAGAAAUGAGCUAGCACUUUUCGACAGUAGUAACAUGGGAGGGAGUAUGGACAACCCCUCAGCCCUUGGAAGUGAAGUGCUACAAGCUUUUGAAGAACAAGACAAGUUAUUGUCACCUCCACCAGAUCCUCGCCGUCGCUCUCCUGCACGAUUACAGAACCAUGACGAUAGUUAUUUCCAGGCCGAAUCCAUUUCAACUAGAACAGAAGGGCUAGGAGAUGCCUCUCAGGUCGAGGCUCCAAGAGAGGGCGAAAGGGAAGAUUUGGUAAGGCAACCUGAAGCUGAGGGAGAAGUGGAUGAGCAGCAGUACGAGGUUGGAGGCGUCUUAGGAGCGAUAGAAGGGAUGUAUAUGCCACGAGAGGAGCAGCAAGACGACUUAGACGAUGUGCAGUCUAAGCCCACACGCCAGUGUUUACCAACGUAUGUGGUUGAUGAGCAACUUUCUUUCACUUUACCAGAGCUACUCUGCUGCAUCGGAGUCAGAGACAGCUGCAGAGUACCAUGAGUGGCCCCUCCACGGCUUUCUCAAACGUAUUAGAAUUGGAAGCGACACGGCUUUUAAUCUUGAGUUCCAUCUAGUCAAUAUCUCAGAGCAACUUAACCUAUCGGGCCCCUUUAGAGCGGUGGGUAGCAGCUUAGGUAACGGAUUAUCAGAUAGCGCUCCUUCUAAGACACACCAAGUCACAUCGAGGCCGCAGAAAAGCGCGCCCUAUGAAGUCCUACACUCUCUUUCAUUUUCUCAAGGACGUCCUGCCGACGUUGAAGAACCUCAGCAAGCUGCUCCAAUCAUAGAUCCCAAUCAUCAAUGGGAAAUCCGCAAAAUUAUCGGCCAGAAAAUGAUUGGCCGUGAGAGGCACUUUCGGGUAGAAUGGAAGGAGACGUGGAUGCCUGAAUCUGAACUAGCUGGAGCCAAGGAACUGGUGGAUACCUUCAUAACUGAAGUUGGGACUGGGACCGGAGGGAGGAAGCGGCCUCAGAAGCGAAGUCGGCUUGCUACUAGACUGCCUGAUGCUCGGGAUGAAGAAGAGCCAAAGAAGCGACGUGGUCGAUCUUAGAAGUAGACGUGAGUUGGCAACUUGGCAAGGAUGUCUGGGAUUUAGGGGACCUUGUUAAUUGCACUGAGACCUUGUAAAGGAAGUGUUUAGUUGUAAUAGAUCUAUAUAUAUUUCUUAGUAUUAAACCAACGUAUACUUUUCUCCCC